AUUAAACCAUCAAUUGGUCAGGCAUAAGCUAUAGCCAUUCAAGCUAUGGAGGAAAUGUACAGACUGUUACUGCCAAAUAAUGGACCCCGGCACUACCACGCGCUCAGUCUCCCUCUGCUUUUCAUUGGUUCACUCAUCAUCAUCAGCACCAGGGAAGCUGAACAGCGCCAGAGGACGCAUUGCUUUCGGAGAAAAGAGGAGACAAGACAGAAUCCCUAAUGAAUCCUUAAUGUGUCUGAGUUCAUCAAGCCAUGCGGCGACAAUUUGAUACAUUGAUUGUCUGAUUGGAUAGAACUGUGGUAGGCUAUAUAAUUUAUAUUUUCUUAAACAAUUGUUUUUCACCCGCUGAUUUAUCGAGGCGAGAGGCUGUUGUUCAGCCAAUUCUGCAGAGAGGAAGCAAGCGUUCAAUGAAAAAUGCGGGAAUUCUCCGCUUUGGCCUUGUUUUCAUCCAUCGUUUUACUGUCAUAGUGAGGAAUGCCGGGUGGUGUAGAUUGUCAAUGUCAUCGCUCCGAUCAAGUGCACCUUGUGAGCCGCCAGCGCCGCAUCAACAAGCAUCACGACCACCACCCGACGGGGACAUCGACACGACGCCUCUGAGUCCGCCGCUCUCCUCCGGCUUGUGACAUGACAGCCCGGGGAAGAAAGAAGAGGAUCAAGCGGCACAGACCUGCAAGUGGACGUGUGGAUUUGAAUACAAAGGCCGCGGGUAACAAUCAUUUUGAGGGGCUGGAGCCCACGGAAGCCCGGACUGCAAGAGAGGGCAGUGCCACACAGACACCGACAGGCUACACCUGCGAUACGAGACAUAGAGAGGAUCCCAUAUCACCAACUGCUGUUAUUUCAUCUGUUCCCCUAUCCCAAGAUCAGGCCACCUAUCUGUUUUGUCUUCGUGCGUAAAUGUGGAUGGAACUUAUUGCGUUUUUGGAUGCAAAAAAUGCAUUGACUAAUGUGCCAUUUUAACUAUAGCGUCUGGAAGUCGAUGGGACGUGACAGAGAUUGAUGACACAUUUAUCCCAAGUCCAGUGUUAUCAUCCCGUCAAGUCCCCCUGACUAGAACUAUAACCUCAUCAUGGGCUGCAUACAGAGCAUCACCUGUAAGUCGCGCAUCAAACGCGAAAAUAUAGUGGUCUACGACGUUUCCGCCACUAUCGACCACUGCCCAACAAUCAUUGAGGAGAACUCGCCUAUAGUGUUGCGCUACAAGACGCCCUAUUUCAAGGCCUCUGCGCGGAUAGUGAUGCCCCCUAUUCCCCGUAAUGAGACUUGGGUGGUGGGUUGGAUCCAGGCAUGCACCCAGAUGGAAUUCUUCAACACCUACAACGACAUCGGCAUGUCUAGCUGGGAGCUACCAGAGCUGUGUGAGGGUCUUGUGAGGGCCAUCAGUGACUCAGAUGGGGUGAGCUACCCCUGGUACGGCAACACCACCGAGACGGUCACACUGGCGGGGCCCACCUCCAAGCCCUCUCGCUUUACCGUCAGCAUGAACGAUAACUUCUACCCCAGUGUGACCUGGGCAGUGCCCAUCAGCGACAGCAACCUUCCCCUGCUCACCCGCAUCAAGAGGGACCAGAGCUUCACCACAUGGCUGGUGGCCCUCAACACGGCCACGCGGGAGAAGAUCCUGCUGCAGACGGUCAAGUGGCGCAUGCGGGUGGACAUUCUGGUGGACCCUGCCAUGCCCCUGGGCUCCAGAGCCACCCUGAUGGGCCGGACACACCAGGACCAGCCCCGCGUCCUAACCCGCAUGGAGCCUAUCCCCCCCAACGCCCUGGGGAGGCCCAAUGCCAACGACGCCCAGGUGCUGAUGUGGAGGCCCAGGAAGGGCCCGCCUCUGGUGGUCAUCCCUCCUAAGUAGAGAAGGAAGGAGAGAGGGAGGGGAGGUGGAACUAUGGGUCUGGACAUCCAGCCAUGAUGAGAUCAAUAUGGACAGCUGCCUUAAAUCUCCACCACUGCCUUUGAGUAGAGAGGGAGAAGACCAUUGCCUGGAUCGGGUAUAAAUACAGGACAGACCCACAGACGGUCCUCUGCCUUAAUAAAGUCAUUUGGCCUGGAGAAGCAGGGAGGACUUGUGGGUGUGCCAGGCCCAGCAGGCUUCAGAGUAGGCUACACUCCAGGGGAGCAGCCUGUAACCUAUUGCACACCAUGCUGCCUCACCGAGAUGACAGAGCAGCCAUCUUUAAUCACAGAUUGCUCUGGGUCUAUGACAGUGAUGUAGAGGGCUGUGUCUCAAAUGGCACCCUAUUACUCUUUGGCUCUGGUUAAAGGUAAUGCAGUAUGUGGAGAAUGCGCUGCCAUGUGAGACUAGCCCAAGGUGUGAGAGGCACAAGAGUACAUGUAUGUGGCUUUAUGGGUAUAAUACAGGUGAGAUUGAAGUGUAUAAUGUAUUUUAUAUGUAAGAACAAAGAUUGUGGUAUAUUUAAAGUCAGCCUUCAUGCUCAGUACAGUAACAGAAAGGGAUGGAUGUGUUACUGGGAGAGGGGAAAGACAGGGUCUCUAAAGUCAUCUACAGCAUCCCCAAUGAGAACAGCAGUGUAGGCCAGGCCAGGUAGUAGAUGAGUUUCAUUACAAAACGCUAUAUAUUCAUUUUCAGAAAUGUUGCUAAAUUAGCUUUUAUUGUUUAAAGAAAUAAUGAAAGAGAUUGAUGUUUUUUCACUAUCUAAUCAUGGCAUGUUCAAUGACAGACAUGCAUUUGUUUAAAUCUAUCACUUGAUGGUUUCAUUUCAGAGACAAAUUAUAUUUUUGUUGUGCAAAAUGCUAUAUAUCCACCUCACUCUCUGAGAAAUAAGUAGUUACGCUAGGUUUUAUAGAAUGAAAUGUAACAAAUAGCUACAUUUUUAAUAAAGAAAUGUACAAAUGAUACAUUUGUGAUAUCUUUAUAUAUUUUACUUUACAAAAAUAAUUAAACACAGUAAUAUGAGAUCUAUAUGUAAAACAUUUACAUUUGACAUUUUAGUAAUUUAGUAGAUGCUCUUAUCCAGAGCUACUUACAGUAAGUGCAUUCAUCUUAAGAUAGGUAGGUGACACAACCACAUAUCACAGUCAAAUAUACAGGAUAGAAACAUUCCAUUCGAGCUAAACAAUGGAUAUAUAGCGUUUUCCCCACAAAAAACAUUUUCAUACAUAUCUAAAAUCUAUGAAUAAAAAAUAUGAGAAAAGUAAUAUUUUAUACACACAUGAAGGUGAAAAAAAUAUUUCUGGUGAAAAAAUACAAAUGUAAAAAAUUGGUGGAUAUAGCGUUUUGGAAAUCAACUUUUCAGAUGCAGAAAGGAGACUGAGUGGGCCAGGCCAGGUAGUAGAUGAAGAGCAGACUGAGUGGGCCAGGCCAGGUAGUAGAUGAAGAGCAGACUGAGUGGGCCAGGCCAGGUAGUAGAUGAAGAGCAGACUGAGUGGGCCAGGCCAGGUAGUAGAUGAAGAGCAGACUGAGUGGGCCAGGCCAGGUAGUAGAUGAAGAGCAGACUGAGUGGGCCAGGCCAGGUAGUAGAUGAAGAGGAGACUGAGAAUGUAAUGGGCGUGUUCCUCUGCCCAGGUUUUGCUGACGCAUGCCAGAUCUUACGUGUGAAUAUUUUAAGUUUCAGCUAACCACAGCAUUAUGGUUGCGUUCCCCUGUUCAGACGUUGCAUGCAUCAGCCAAUGGUUGCAUGCCACAUCAUCAACUGUGUCAUCGACUGACAGAUUGCCAUAACAUAUGAUAUGGUUAGCUGAUACGUAAAAUACCUAUCUAGGCGUAAGUUCUGGCAGGCGUCAGCAACGCCAGGGCAGAGGGACGCACCCUACGUUAUAGCAAUCUGUCAGUCGAUGACACAGUCAAUGACGUGGCAUGCAACCAUUGGUUGAUGCAUGCAACGUCUGAACAGGGGAAUGCAACCAAUAUGAACUCCUCAUGCUGCUCAUUACUGAGGUGCAAACCAUACUAGCCUUUACACUGACACACACAUCCCCUCUGUGACUAAACACACAUGCAGACACACACUUAUGCACACAUCCCCUUUGUGACUACACCCAAGUCAUUAUCAUAGAAGAGGGACGAGUGGGAUAUUACAAACCAUUUGUUUAGAUUGGAGGUCAUAUCACAUACCGUGUAUGGUGGCCACUGUAUGGUGACAAACGUCCAUUGAGAGCCAGUCACUCACAGUAACAGACGUGCCUGAGAACAGAAUGACUCGGACUGGAGGAUGUAGUGGGACAAUGUGGGGUGGUACUUUACAGGGUUUCAGAAUGGAUGGGUGGGAGCUUUUGCAUGCAAGCAGUGUUUUUAAUUCAAUAAAAUGAUUCAAGUAAAA